AUGGAAACCUAUAGUGUGUCAGCGGUGCCUCUAAAGAAAACAGGGUUUCUUCAUGAAAGGAUUAUAGAUAUUAAUGACUCACCUCUUUUUUCUCAAUCGAAUCCAUAUUUUUCAUCCAAGGGACAAUAUAAAAAAAACAAAGAUAACAUAUUACUUAAAACCAAUUCUUCAACGAAAACAAAUUUUUUAACAAAAAGUCCCCCAAAGUUUCUUUCAAGAUCUAUUUCAAGAACUUCGAUAUCAAAAUGUAUAGAGAAUAGCUCAAAUUCUAAUUCUUUAGCUCAAUCGAUAAAUGGAUCGCCUAAACAUGGUCUUCUCUCUUUAUUUACUAGUAAAAAGAAUGAAAAUAGUAAUUCUGAAAAACCUCAUUCAGAUAUUAAAAAUAUCAAAACUCGUGCAGUUCUUAAAAAGUCUCUCAUCUCCAAUAGAAAAAAUGCAGAGAAUCAUAAUUCAUGUAAAAAUACACCUAAGUCUUCUGCAAAACUAUCUAUUCCGAAAUCCAAUUCUUCAGUUUUACCGUUAACAAGUUCUCUUAAUGUUAAAAAUCGUGAUUCUAAACUAUUAAACAAGCAUUCAUCUUUUCUAGAUAAUAAUUCAUCAUGGAUUCUUUCAAAAAAUGUAAAUGCCAUGAAGAAUCUUAAACUUCAGGAAGUUUAUCAUUCUUCUUUGAAAGAAGAUUCUUCCGGUAGUUUAACUUUGAAAGAAAAUAUUAGUAAUUUUUCAUCUACUACAUUGAAUGAGACGAAUUCUCACUCUUUUACUAAGGAUAAACAAAAUAAUAUGAUAUAUUCAUAUUCUGAAGAUCCUGGUACAAAUGUUUCCCAGGAUCUACGACAAAGUGUUACUGAUUAUUCAGAAUUAUCAUUUGUUUCUGCACGUGAUGUAUUCGAUAUUAGUAAAAAUUCUUUUGGAGAUAUUUCCAAUAGAGAAAUAAAAGAUUCAUUAACUAAAUCUGACAAUACAAGUUAUAGAGACGUGGAUGACUUUAUUAGGGAUGAAUCGUUGAAAUAUAAUGCUUCAAUUAUAGGAAAAAGUAUUUUUUAUGGAAAAGAAACAUAUGUUAGUAAAGUCAAAGCAGCUUCAUGGUUAGGCGAUUGUAUGGAAUUAAAUUCUCAGGCAAGAACAUUAUAUAUGAAUCAAUUCGAUUGGUCUGGUUUAGAUAUAUUGACAGCUCUUAGACAUUUAUGUUCUAAACUCAUAAUGAAAGCUGAAACUCAACAAAUGGAUAGAAUAUUGGAAUCAUUUUCAAAAAGAUGGCAUGAAUGUAAUAUUUCCUCUAAUCUAACUCCUGAUAUUGUCCAUGCUAUUGCAUAUUCACUUCUUUUAUUAAAUACUGAUUUACAUGUUGCAGAUUUAACUCAUGGUCAAAAAAUGACUAAAAACCAAUUUGUUGAAAACACAUUGUCAACUAUAUUUUCAUCAAAGCCUAAGCCUAAUUUUGAUCUUUAUGGAUUUUUUGGAUUGUCUUUGAUGGGUAGUCCCGUAUCUUCAAAGCAUACUAUGUCUUCUGAUUUAGUUUUAUCUGAUCAAUUAUCUGGUACCACGAAAUCUAAUUUAAAUACUUCAAGGAAUUUUUCUAAUAAAUUUUUGGUUAACAAAGCAUCUAAUAUUUCUUUAAAUGAGAUAUUGAGUGACUCAGUUUAUUUUGAAGUAAAAGCAAUGCUAAAAGAAAUGUAUACUUCGAUUAAGAAUUUUAAUAUAGUUCAGCCAGUACUCAAUGAUUCCCAAUUUUAUGACACUCAAAGUAAUAGUUCACUAUUUAACACAACAAAGUACUCUAAUGACUUUUAUCUUAUGUCACUCAACCAUGUAUCCAGCUUUUCAUGCAAAUCUAUCUCUGAAACGACAAGAGAAAAACAUGGAGCAAGAAAAUUUAAAAUUAAAAACUGGACAAAUAGGAAAAAAACAUUAUCUAGAAUUUACUAUGAUAAUUUUCAUAGCUCUAUUUCAAGUAAUAUAAAUGAUUGGAGUUCUGGAAAUAGGUCUAGUAAUUUUCCAGUUAUUGAAAACAGAUCUGUUUGUUCUUUUAAUUCUUCAUGUUAUUCAACUAAUACAUAUGAUUGCCAAUUUUCUACAAUAGGAUUUGCGGGAACUUUAAAUACUAUUAUUAAGAAAGUACCUACAUGCUUAUCUAAUACUUUCAGCCAUAAUUAUGAUACUAAUGAGGAAAAUGAAUUAGCUUUAUCGGGGCCACCAUGGACAAAAGAGGGUAUUUUGAAACAUAAACAUUAUCUUGAAAACUUUAAGAAAGCAAAACAUAGAACAUGGGUUGAAUGUUUUGUUGUACUAGAAAAAGGGAGAUUAACAAUGUUUCAAUUUAACAAUAAUAAAUUUUCGGAAAAAAAAGGAAUACUUGGGGGCGGGAAUUGGAUUGAAAAUGCACAUAUUAUUGGAUCAUUUGUAUUGCUACAAACUCUCGCAUCUUCAUUACCAUCCCCAGGUUAUUCUCCUACUAGACCAUAUGUAUGGGUUUUGACUCUACCAAAUGGUUGUGUACAUUUCUUUCAGGCAGGUACUGAAGAAUUGUUAAAUGAAUGGGUUUAUACAGCCAAUUAUUGGGCUGCUAGAUUUUCUAAAGAGCCAUUAUUAGGUGGAGUUAGUAAUGUAGAAUAUGGUUGGGGAGAAUGUUUAAAAGAAAUGAAUAAUAGAAAAGGAACAAAAAACAACGAAAAUUCAUUAAAAAAUUAUAAUCCUAUUAAAACUGAAUGCUCGUAUUUAAAAUUACCAGGAGAUAGAGCUAUAAUAAAGACAUGGAACACGCCUCAGGUAUCUCUUUUUUCUAAUAGUCUUAAGGAAGAAGAACAAGUGAAAAAACUUAGAAAGUAUAUAACUAUUUUAGAGAACGACGUUCAAAAACAUAAUGCGUAUAGACCACAAAUUCUUCAAGCAUUUUCUCCUCGACACCCAAAUUUAGCAAAAGCAUUGUUAAAUUGGGAAAAGAAGUCUCAAUAUCUUCUUCGAGAAAUUGUAAAAUAUAAAACAUAUUUGGAAACCUUGUCUAGAGCAUUAGUGCUUAAAGAAGAGCGACUUUCUAGAAAUAAUACUACAGGUAGUAAUUGCAACACAAAUGAGUAA